AUAACAUUCGGUUUAUGUCGUGCUUUCUGUCAUGAGUCGUGUUUUUGUUUUCUGCGCGUGUGUAAAAUGUUUAAUUUCCUUCAUUAGCAUUAGCGUUAGCGUUAGCAGGCUAACAGGAAACACCGUUUGAAUAUUCUCUAGCAAACUAGCACGAGCUGAUGUUUGUGUUUAUUCCGCUUCUUUUCGUGAAUAUUGUAGAUCAUUAUCGUCAGCUCCUCUCAGAUAAAGAACAGAGUUAAUGCCACACCGCGGAGUUUGUAGUUUGUAGAAAUGUGUUGUUUUUGUUUAGACAUUCGCUUGGGGAAGAUCUGUAACGCUGGAUAACUAGCACUGACUUCAGUCCCUGAAGCGCAGUAACACUUGUGUAAUAGUUUUAAAUGAUUUAUUAACAACAUGUCGAUAAACAUUAGUGUUAGAACAUGAAGUAAUAAUUCGGGUUUAACUUUAAUUUCAGCCUGUACAAGUCCUGCAUGAAUAAAAUGCGUUGUUUUUGUUUGUUGAUUUUCAGAAUAGACUGUAAGAAUAUAGAUAUCUUUGCAAUUUUAUUGUUUACAAAGAAAGUAACUUAAACAUUAACAGCAAUUUACUUAAUAAGGAUUUAUUUGUUUUCUUAUUUUACAGUAAUAUUGUUGUUGUUGUUGUUGUUCUGCUUGGCGGUGCUGAAACUGUUAGUGUUGCUUUACUGUAUUUUAUUUUAUUUAUAUAUCAGAGUGCUGAAUAUUGUCUGAUCUCCGACCCUGAUCCGAUCUCGACGUCCUGUAGUCGUGUGUAAUACUAUAUCUGUGUUUAUCACUUCACACAUUCACCCCAUAAAGUUGAUCAACAGAUUGGAUCUGAAAAUGAGUUGAUGUGUGGAGAUGGAGAGAACAGAGAGAAUAGAUAGAGGGAUGGAGAGAACAGACGGUGCGAGCGUGGAGCAGCAGCAGCAGGCGUGGGGGAAACUGGUACGAGUCGGACCAUCGACAGAAUCAGUGCUCACUCUGUUACUCGUUAAUAGAGAGUGUACAGUGGGCCGGAGGAAAGGUUGUGAUUUGUCGUUUCCUGCCAAUAAGCUGGUCUCAAGUGAUCACUGUAAACUCACACAGGAUCAGGAGUCCGGACAGGUGUGGCUCGAGGACACCAGCACUAAUGGGACGGUAAUAAACAUGUCCAAACUGUUGAAGAAACAGCGCCACUUACUGCAGAACGGUGACGUUAUCUACUUUGUGUACAGGAAGAGUGAACCAGAGCAGAACAUUGCGUACGUGUAUCACUCGAUCACUGCCAUGCACUCAGACUCUCAGGAUACUGAAGAGUUGUCGUGUCCGGAGCUGAUGGAGAGAAUCGACCCGGAUGUUGAUCCUGACCCAGUGGAACCCGUCACUCUUCCAUUCGUACCGCAGGAGGUGAAGGUCCGACCCGGCUUCCAGGAGUCUCAGCCCUCUACUUCCUACAACAUCGCCAAGCCGACAACACACACUCACACACACACACUCGCCGGAACAGGUUUCAGUGAAGUGAGAUCCGCGCAGUCCUCAGUGAAGCGUACGGAUGGAGAGAGGGAGACAGACAAGUGUGCGCAACCAGACAGGAAGAGACAGAAAACAGAUGAUCCGUACAGGGGUUACGCCGUCGGUGAAUCCGGCGCUCCAGCAGCUCCUCCUAAAUCCGGGAAGGACGGAGGAGAAGAAUGCAAAACGGAUAAAAUGGAGGAAUCUCUCACCUGCAUCAUCUGUCAGGAUCUGCUGUACGACUGCGUCAGUCUGCAGCCCUGUAUGCACACGUUCUGUGCAGCGUGUUACUCGGGGUGGAUGGAGCGUUCCUCUCUCUGUCCCACCUGCCGCUGUCCCGUGGAGAGAAUCCGCAAAAACCACAUCCUCAACAACCUGGUGGAGGCGUACCUGCUCCAACACCCUGAGAAGUGUCGCAGUGAGGAGGACAUGCGCAGCAUGGACGCUCGUAAUAAGAUCACGCAAGACAUGCUGCAGCCCAAAGUGGAGCGAUAUUUCUCAGACGAAGAAGGAAGUUCUGAUUACCUGUUCGAGCUGUCUGAUAACGACAGCGACACGUCUGAUCUCAGUCAGCCGUACAUGACGUGCAGGCAGUGUCCGGGAUAUAAGAAGGACUUUAGCCCCGCCCCCUGGAUCUGUGGCUCCGCCGGUGAGACGGGACCCACACCCGGAGACGGACCAUCCACGUCCUCAGAUACCUGCGCAGAAACUCAGGAGUUCACCUGUCCCCCUCAUGGCAGUCACCUGAUCUGUACCUGCUGUUUACAGCCAAUGCCUGAUCGGAGGGCAGAGCAUGUUGGCACAAACCCUUCCCCCCAGCACUGUUUGGUGUGUCAGAGGCCGUUCUGUCACCUGUAUUGGGGCUGCCAGCGAAUCGGGUGUCAGGGUUGCUUGGCCCGGUUUAGUGAUCUGAAUCUGACUGAGAAAUGUCUGGACGGCGUCCUCAACAACAAUCACUACGAGUCUGAAAUCCUGCAGAAUUAUUUGAGCUCCAGAGGAAAGACGUGGAAGGAGAUGCUGCAGGAGACACUACAGAGCACACAGCAAGGCCUCUGCCACCUGUCUGAUUAUCGUAUCAAUGGAAACUCCUUCCUGUGUUACUGUUGUGGACUUCGCUUCUUUAAAGAACUCGCAUAUGUUUAUAGAGCUAACAUUCCUGCUGCUGAGCUACCAGCUGCAGUGACCGUGAGACCGGAUUGUUACUGGGGUCGUAACUGCAGAACACAAAUCAAAGCUCACCACGCCAUGAAAUUUAACCACAUAUGUGAGCAGACACGCUUUAAGAACUGAGGGCGUGUCCUGGACGAUGAUGUCACGGCUCUGGAUUUAACCUUUUUCCUUUUUUCUCAUAAUGAAUAAUCAUGGUGUUUUUACAAUAUGCAAAUUCAGUCGGUUUUGAGGCGAGUAGACCAGCAUCACUUUGUACUAGAUAUAGUUUACAUGAUAAUCUGCACUUUCUCAUUGCGUGUGUGAUCGGAUUUCAGGUUAAGAUCGGAUGAAACGAGCAGUCAGAACCGUACCGUACGUUAUUAUUCUAACACUUACUGAAACUUUGUGCCUAACGAGCAUGUGCUGAUUUAAUAUACAAUCACUUCAGUAUCAGUUAUGAUGAUAACGAUCAUAUUAAUGAUCUCGUUUUCUCAUUUGAGAUUUGGUUUCACUAUACUGUUACUUCUCACGAUGAUGUUAUUGUGCGUUAAAUAUCACGCAUGGUGCGUCGUGAUCUUUAUUAACGGCUUCCCGUCUGAAUCUCGAGCUUCCACUGGAUUAUUAUUUUGCUGCAGCUCAGUAAUUCUGUGCACAUUUCUGUCCACAUGAUCACUUUAAUACUUGUUAGAUAAAUUUUUCUCUCUCUCACACACACACACACACACACGCACACAGAAGAUUGCUGUCUGAUCUAUCCUAUGCACGAGAGAAGGCUAACACAGUCAGAUAUUUCUCACACACACACACCGCUGCACAUUUUACUCCUCACCUCAAUCAGCUGCUGCUUUCACCUUUUCCUGCUCCGGAGAUGAAAACCGCUGCAGGUUGCCAUAUUUAAUCGUUAUCUCCCCUUUAAUUACGACCUACGCUUCAUUAAGGGCUAUUAGGAGUCAGUAAUUAACCCACAUCUGUUUUGUACAGCUGUGCCUUCAUUAAAAAGCCAUUCUAAUCAAGAUUUUUGUGAUGUCCAGCGAUACGACAGCGGAGUCACUAACUCUCCUAAAUGUGCACUGUUGUUAUGUUCAGAGUAUAACUGGAGUGUAAUUAUACGUGAUGAAUCAGCACAGCAUCAAAUAACCACUAUAAAAAAUAAUAAUAUUAAUAAUAAUACUUAUUACAGGUUCUGUAUUAUAGAGAUUGGGACGAAGCCUACAUUUAGAAUGGCAGAUCGUUUUCCACACCAUUGUACUCUACUCUAAUUCUUUUUGGAUUUAUUAUUAUUAUUAUUAUUAUUAUUAUUAUUAUCGUUGUUGUUGUUGUUGUUAGUAAAUACUUAAUAAUUUUGGAUGGCUGCAGGAACAGCUACGACUUACGGAAAUAAAUCUGCCGUGCGGUACAGUAAUAGUAUGAUAUAAUAUAGGAUCUGAUGUAGUUUAGUAGUAAUACAGUAUAAUGUAGUAUGAUGUAGGGGACUGCACGUGUUUCAGUAAUAAGGUGAGAUUAUUAUUAUUAUUAUUAUUAUUAUUAUUAUUACACCAUACUGUAUUAUUACAUCAUGCGAUACUGUCCCACAGUAUAAUACUUUACUGCGCCAGGUACUGUGUACAAUACUGUCACAAUCCCAAAGCAUAAUACCCCGCAAUCAUACGUCACUCCACACUACUACUACUGCACAAUAUAAUCUGAUAACGUACUACAGCGUCACAUUAUACUCUGCUUCCUGAUCCUAUAACCUGACUGCGCUGUAAUAUAAUGUGCUGCCAUGCUUUAUACCGUGCUGUUCUCUCACUGCUCAUCGCCGUUCUGUGCACCACAGCGGGAAACCGUGAUUAAAGUUCGUACCUGCACAGGUAGGACAGAUUUAUUUUCUGUCUGCUGUCAUGCCUGUAGCCGUCGUACUCCCAGUCUGUAGAGUUAAGUGUGCUUUAGGAGUGGUUAUUUUUAAUAAUACUGGUUUUGCUUCAUUAAAAAUGCGAUUUAAAAUAACACUUUCUGAUGACGAGGUGAGAAAGCGUGCUGAUCGUGAUCGGGAACACGAUCGUGACAAAACCGGUCAUUUGUAGAUACUGGACUGGUGCAGAUCAUUUUCUCAGCCUGAUUCUAUCCUUUUGUUUUUGCAGUAAAGUCGCACUGGUAACGCCGGUAUCUCUGUCCGAUUAUUCAGUAUUGAACACUCUGAGGCCUUAUGCAUUCAAUCAUUAAAGAACUGAACAUGGAGUGUUAGUCUCUGUGUGUUUGUGUUGUGCUAGAGGCAGAAGUGACGCUCUGAAGUCUGACCCUUCCUGUAGAUCAUGAGGCGUCCGUGAUCACUGGAGUAAACCUGAUGUUCCACGACCCACUAGUUUUGUGGCACUGUUUAGUAAAUUAAAACAUCCUUAGCUAAUAGAUUAAAUUAGUCAUUGUUUUAGCCCUUUUGUAAUUGGUUAAGUGUGCAUGAUAAUUGGUUAAAGGCCACAGUUGGCAUCAAUUCGUGCCCAUUCAGGAAGUUUAAUAAUCUUCUGCAUGGGUAUUAGGGAAGUGUUGGAGCAUCCACGUGGGAUUUAUCCUAGCUUCAGAAAGGGCUUUGUGUUCUAUGAAGGAAAAUGUUACAUUAAAAUGGCAUUUUAUUUUUUAUAAAUAAAUAAAGGUCUCGCUCUCGUCCUACCUCAUCCAAGCUGGAGCGUUGGGUUGAAAGAGAAUAAGUGUAAACUGCUUUGUGUGUUCAGUAAUUGUCUGACUCUGUGAACUCGGUCUGACUCUGUGAACUCGGACGACGUGAGUUAAAGGCCUUUCGGGCGUAUAGUGCCUCUGUGUAUUAGCAGUUGCUAAAAGAUUAAUGUUCUGUAGAAAUCUAAAAAAAAAAAUAAAGAAAUGUUUACUGCAGUGAUAAAAAUGCAUCAAUAAAAGUUAUAAAAUAA